AUGAUUAACUCUUAAUCAGUACCUAAUCUUUAAAAUUCAAGUGCAUUGCCAAUAAGUGAACCAACUUUAGAGUAAAUCAAUAAAAAGUAGUAUGGAGAUACUUUAAGAUAAUAAAUUGAAUAAAAGAAGAUAAGAGAGCAAUAAGAGAGAAUUUAAGAGCGACUAAUGGUUUUUCAUUUUAGUUAAUUUAUUAGGAAUUAUAAUUGUAAAAUCCACUAAAUAAUUAUGGAAGAGGAGGAGGAGGUGCACCAUUAAGAGAUUAAUAUGGAAAUAUAACUGUAAAAUAUAAGAUUGUGUUUAGACAACCAGAAGAAAUCCAAUGGACCCUAAUAUGUCUUCAGCUUAAAUUUUUGGUCCGUCUAUUUCAUCUGUUCAAUUUAAUUAACCUGAAUAUUUAAGUGCUAGUCAAUUACCUAUUUAAACACAAAGGCUAGUAACUUCAAAUCAAAGUAUGAUACAUCUACCUACAUCAAAUAAUGUAAAAGAUUAUAAUAUUUAGAGUAUGAAUUAAAGUUAAUUAAGUCAUAUUGGUGAAUAAAUAGCUUAGGCUGAAAAAAAAUAAAAAUAAUUUGUAUUAUAAAGAGAAUUAAUUUCAUAAAUGGAAAUAGCAGAAAGAAAGAAGUAAGAAGAGAAAUUAAAAAUAAAGAGAGAUAAAGAAUUAGAUGAUUUAAGAAUAUUAAGAGAAAGAGAGGAAAUAGAAAGAAGAAUGAAAGAUGAAUUUGGAAUUGAUAAAUUAGAAAAAAGAAAUCUUUAAUAAACAAAUUUUGAUAUUGAUGGUUUAAAAGCAUUAAAGAGAUUAGAAAUGUUGAGAUAUUAAAAUGAAUUAAUUGAAUAAUAAAAUAGAAAAAAUGCUAAAACAGGAGUCAGAUAAAGAACUCCUAUUUAAGAAGCUGAAAAAGCUUAUAGAGACUAAAGGAAUGAUAUAUUGUAAUCUAGAAUUGAAUAAAGAAUUAUUAAAGAAUUACCUAUAGAAGUUGAAAAGACUGUUAGAGAUACAAUAAAUGUUGAAUUAAAUAGAUUAAGAUAAGAAAUGAAUCUUCAAACUAAUUAAGUUUCUGAAUAAGUAGUUUCAUUAAAAAGUCAUUUAAUGAAGGCAAAUGAAUAAAGACAUUAUAAUGAAGAAUAAAUUAGAAAAUUAAAAGAAGAACUUAGAUCUACUUAAAUUAUAGAUGACAUUAGAUAAAGAGAAUUAUAUUAAGCAUUUUUAAAUUAAGAAAAAACAAGAUAAAUUAUUGAAUCAGCUUAAAGAUAAUAAACACCAGAUCAAAUUAAAUAUACAUUUCCAAGAAGAUAGAAAUUAAAUUAUAAUUCAUUUGAUCCAUUCUUAGGAAAUAAUGAUGAUGUCAAUAAAGAUUUAUAUGAAAUUAUCACAGACAAUACGUAAAUAGGGUCUGUAUCUCAAAAUUUUUAAAUUGGAUUGAAUAAUUAAAAUAAAGAAAAGAUUUUAGAUUAAAGACUUUAAAAUGAAGAUGAUGAUGUUAUCAUUAAUCGUAGAUCAGGUUAAGAAUUAAAAAAUAAUGAAUUUGAUUUACAAGAAGAUUAUUAAAAUCGUUAAUAAUUGUAUAUUGCUAAAAGUUAUUUGGAUUCUAAACCUAUUAAUAAUUAUGAUUAUACAAAAAUAGAAAGUAAUUCAAUUAUUCCAAAAUCAGAUUAUGUUUCUUUAAUUAGUAGUACUCAUCCUUAUUAUAUAUAAGAAGAGGAUGAAAUUAAAGAUGUUAUUUAAAGAUAUUCUAGUAUUUUUUAUUUAUUUAUAUCUAUUUUAGAUAAACUUGAUAGAUUAGAUGAUAUAGAUGUAUUAUAAUAAAAAAGAGACUUUAAUCAAAUGGACUAUGCAUUAUAAGAUUUAUUAGAUUAGUAAACCAAUAAAUUAAAUAAAAAUGAAUAUAUCAAUGACCCAAUUGACUAUAAUGAUUAUUAUUCAACUGAUUACUAAGAAACAAAUUUUUAUAAUAAAAUGAAUAAAUUAUCUUGA